CGCUGAGUUGACCCGGGAAAGAGAAAAGCUUCACGGAAGUGGACAAAAAUGCAGGCGCUCGAAAGUUUCGAGGAACAGUUAGCUGAACAAAUUGCGUUACACCACAACCUUUAUGACCCUGGACACAAGUAUUACAAGAACCCGCACGUUAGCAUCAAGUCGUGGCAAGAAAUAGCAGCCGCCCUCCAGACAGAGCCGGACAAAUGCCGCGAGAAGUGGAAGCAACUUCGGGACAGGUAUGUUCGGGCCAAGAAAAAGUUCAACAGCAAAAGCAGCCAGCCAGCGAGACCAGCGAGAACCCCUCCGCUGCUGAAGUCCCUGUCGUGGCUGGACGGGUACGUGAAACACAGGAAUGCCGUGACGAGGUACACAAUAGAGAGUCCCGAAGACUUCUCAUCCUCCCCCGCAGGGCCGGCCCAGGUGCUGGAAGACAUGGCUAACCCUUAUCCCGAUAAAUCCCAGAGUUCAGCUGCAGCAUCCCCUGGACCGUCACCACACAACAGCAGCCAGGGAGGCGAAAUACAAUUGAUGGAGUCGACUCUGCCGAGCCCCUCCAGGUCCGAGGGCAGCCCGACACGGCGCUGCAUCACCCCGACCCCACAAAGCCGGCCUAAUAAAAGGAAGGAACACGAUGAGGACCACGCCACCACCUCCAUAAAAGACCUGCUAACGGACUGCUCCAAAAUGGCAGCAUUACGUGACAUGUGUGCUGUGCAAGGGGAUGAGCUGGACGAGUCGCACUACUUUGGAAUCGUGGUCGCAAAGGGGCUGCGGACAUUGCCGGACAAAAUGCGGGCAGAUGCCAUGGCACAGGUGAUGGUGCUGUUGAGCAACUUCCGUCAACAAGCUUUCGAGCUGCAAACAACAAACGACAACAAGAAAACCUGAUGACACGUCUUUGUUCUUUUUUUUCAUCCAUUCUUACGCGUUGUUCUUAAUAUCAUAAAAUCUUUGCUUCCAUCUUCUGCUUUUGUCUGUGAGGCUCGUAGAGAGAAGCUGAGAGUUUCUCUGACAGCAUGCUGUGAAGUGUGAGCUCGCUACACUGUUGCUGACAGUUUCUGGACAUUUUUAUAGUUUUUAUAGGACAUUAUAUAGCAGUAAUUUAACAUGUGCACAUCUCUGUGAAAUUGCUAAUGAUUUAUGUCUCAUAAUGUGAGAGCUAGCAGACAGCUGUUAGAAAAAGGAGAAC